AUGCAGCCGCCGCCGCCGCUGUGGCCGCUGCUGUGGCUGCCGCUGCUGCUGUUCGGCGCCGCGGCGCCCCCGCCAGACCCUCUCUCCCAGCUGCCUGCCCCUCAACACCCCAGGAUGCGUCUGUACAACGCCGAGCAGGUGCUGAGCUGGCAGCCGGUGGUCCUGAGCGGCAGCGCACGGCCAGUGGUCUACCGGGUGCAGUUUAAAUACACUGCCAGUGAGUGGUUCGAGGUCACCCCCAAGUCCGUAGGGGUGAACUGUACACAGAUCACAGCGACAGAGUGCGACUUCACCGCGCCUGGCCUCUCCAAGGGCUUCCCGAUGGAUUUCAAUAUCACUCUGAGACUUCGAGCUGAGUUGGGAGAACUCCAUUCUGCCUGGGUGACAAUGCCUUGGUUUCAACACUAUUUGAACGGUAAGAAAACUGGAGUGCUGCAAUGGGCCCUCGGAGACCUCACAGCCAGAAACACAGCCCUAAAGCUGUCGGCAUCUUUCUUAACACAACUCGCCUGUUUUCACGUGUCUGCUGCAAACCAUGUGGUUGUGGUGUUUUUAAAACAGGUUAAAGGCCCUUUUAAGAGCAACUCCAUUUUGUUGGAUGAUUUAAAACCCUUCAGAGUAUACUGCUUACGAGUCGAGGCACAACUGUUUUGGACAAAAAACAUCAUCAGACCUGGGCAGUUAAGCAACAUAUCUUGCCACGAAACAACAGCAGAUGCCUCCACCAAGCUUCAGCAAAUCUUCCUGAUCUCUGUGGGAACCUUUUCGUUGCUGUUGGCCCUGGCAGGGGCCUGUUUCUUCCUGGUCCUGAAAUACAGAGGCCUGAUUAAAUACUGGUUCCACACUCCACCCAGCAUCCCGUCACAGAUAGAAGAGUAUUUAAAGGACCCGGCUCAGCCCAUCUUAGAGGCCUUGGACAAGAACAGCUCACCAAAGGACGAUGCCUGGGACUCCGUAUCCAUCGUUUCAUUUCCAGAAAAGGAGCAAGAAGAUGUUCUCCAGACACUUUGAACCAAAGCACUGGUCUAGCCUGCCAGCUCCUGGGAAGAGGAUGAUGUCCUCUUCAUCAGCAGCCAGGGAAGCUGCUGAUGUUUCUUCUGGACGUUUCGGACACCAGCUACUCCAUAGUCCUGCCUCAAAAACGUCUGUCAGUGCUUCGUGAGAGACGGCAGGUCUCAUGGGGGAGACAAGCUUAUUUUUUUUUUCUUUAAAAUAAGAAUUUUCUAAAUCCUACAUUUCUAGAACAAUUCUACAGAGAUAUCCUAGAAAAAUUAAGGCUUCUCUUAAACACUAAAAAGGCAUGUAUUUAUUCUUAGCAAAAUGGAUACGGUACAGCUCUGAUACCUUUUUCAGUAUUGGUUGCGCUGGGCAGUCAGGAAACCAAGUCCUUUCCUCAACUCUGGAAAUGAGCCUGACACUGUCAGGUCACAUAACCUGUCCCCGCCUGUCCCAAUGAAAGACACUGAGCAGCCCUUCACGUACAGUCCGCUGGCUUAAAAUGUGAUUAAUUCUGUAAAUAUUGUCCUAGUAAUUUAAGUUUUUGUUUUUAAG